AUUGAUUUCCACAACAUGGUGCUACAAGAAAUCUACAAUUCAAGCUUUGAGCUUAUGGCACCAUUGCAAUUUAAAGAGUAUGUCAUAACUCAACGUAUUUCCCGAUGGAAAAUUGAAAAGGGUCUUACUGAUUUGCAAAAGAAAAUAGAGAAUCAGCUAGAUCCUGAAAGUGGAGAUGGCAGAGCUCAAAAUAUAGCUCGUUUUUCAGCAGAAACCAUCAAUAAAAUAAAGCCAGGGGACCUCUUCAAAGCAGAGUCUUCGCAGACAGUUGUUCAAAUACGACUGGAUGGAGUUUUGAAGAAAAAGCAAGAAAUUUUAAAUCUACGGUCUAAUCUGUUUGAUAAGGACAUGAACAUAAAGCAAUGGCGUGCAAAUGAACUGAGAUUUUAUGAUUCCAAGAUAACAUUGUUGGAAGAACUUAAAAACUCUUUGCAAAAAACACACACUUUAAUAAUUACAAAUACCAAUCUUUUAAACAGAAGGACCAAUGCAUCGGUAGAAGAAACUGCUGAAGCGAAACGCAAGAAAAGAGCCGUGAGAAAAAAUGCACAAAAAUCAGCUAAAGAGAAGGAAAAGAGGUUUAUUGCCAAGGUAGACGAAAUGCUAAAAUUGUUAACGUUAUGGAAAAUUUACCCAAGCUAUGCUGAAAGAAAGGGAAGGAAUUUUAAUAAGUCUUGA